UGGUUGUCACGUGGUGGUUCUCUUUAAUAUAUCUAACUUCUAAGUGCUUCAAAUAGAGUGAUCAAUGCUGAGUUUUAAUUUUAACCGGCUUCAAAAGAAGGGGAUUCUUAUUCGAUCUGUAACCCAUAUUUAAUUACAUAGUUAAUUGUAUGCGCCGCGCACCGUUCUUAUUAUUUUUUAUACUUAAUUACUAGUAGGUACUGUUUCAUCUCCGACGUCUAGAGUCACGUCUAGUACAAACAUUAACAUGGAAUUACCUAAAAUACCAAAAUGUGAUAUAGACGAUCUAACGACCAAAGCCAUCGGCGAAUUUGGAAGAUGGCAAUUUAAGGUCAGCUUUCUCAUGUCUAUAAUGAAAUUGCCAAUAGCAUGGUAUCAACUCAAUAUAAUAUUCAUGGCACCACCGCAAGAAUUUUGGUGUGUUAAACCGGAAUCAUUUUCUAAAUAUUCAGAUGAAGAGUGGCGAAAAAUGAGCGUUCCGUUAGUAGAGGAGCAGCCGUGUUUUAUUUUUGAUCCGGAUAUGCUGAUAUUUAAUCCCAAUAUAAAUAAAGCCCUCUUGCCUUUGGUGCCUUGCACAAAAUUUGUUUAUGAUACAUCUGUUUUUAAACACACUAUCACCUCAGAAUGGGAUUUAGUAUGCUCCAAACGCUGGUUACCUUUUAUUAGUCAGUGCGUGUUGAUGUGGGGUGUGCUUAUCGGUGGUAUAAUGUUUGGCGUAAUUGCGGAUCAAUAUGGACGCAGGAUACCUUUAAUGGCUGCUAUUGCAAUCCAAAGUAUAACUAGUUUUAUCGCCAGCGCAAUGCCUCAUUUUUGGUGGUGGAUGGCAGUUCGGUUCAUCUUGGCGUUGGCUUCAGGUGGUAUUGGAAUUAUAUCAUUUGUUAUUUGUGUCGAGGUUGUCAGUGGAAAAUGGCGCACGACCAUUCCCAUACUAUACCAAUUGCCAUUCGGAUUGGGAAGUGCCGUGAUGGCUUUACUGGCUUACUGGCUACGAGACUGGCGGAAACUGGAAUUCGCUUUAGCGUCAAUUUCAUCUCUUUUCCUUUUAUACUGGUUUUGGAUACCAGAAUCACCUCGAUGGCUAUUGGCUACAGGACAAACUCAAAAAGCUAUAGAAGUUUUGCGAAUUGCCGCCAAGCAGAACAAGACUGAGCAAAAUUUCCAAGCGAUGCAAAACUUAUUGCCUAAAUGUAACAUUGUCAAACUAAAAGGAUGCGGUUUUAUAGCGUUCUUCAAGUCUAAGAAUAUGCGGACUAAAACAUUAUUACUAUCAAUAAAUUGGUUUUUUACUGGAAUAGCAUUUUUCGCAUUUGCACAGUAUCUAGGUACGAUUGCCGAGAACAUUUUUUUAACUGUUGCGCUAAGCGGCAUCAUAUCUUUACCGGGUGGAUUACUGUGUGUUUGUAUAAUAGCAAACAAUGGAAGAAAAAGAACCCUUUGGGUGUUUAAGUUGGCAACUGCUAUUUGUUUCAUUGGCAUAAAAAUGGUGCCAAGAUAUCAUUUUGCUAAUGACUGGCCAAGGCUAUUCUUCGCAGGAGUCGGCUUUGCGGGUCUUGGUGGGACCGUACCGGCUCUGUACCUAUAUUCCGGGGAGUUAUUCCCGACAGUCGGACGGAAUGCUGGUGUCGCUGGAGUGACAAUCUUUGCCAAAAUCGCCGCCAUGGUAGCACCGGCAGUGGUGGGAUUAAAUGUCUUGGUACCAGACCUACCUCUAAUAGUUUUAACCAUAACGUCGUUAUCCCAGAUGCUGCUAAUUAUACCGUUGCCUGAAACUAAAGGUUACCCUCUGCCGGAUACACUGGAGCAAGCAGAACAAUUUCGUAGGGAAAAAUAAUUUACUGAAAACCUUAAAAUUUGCGCCGAACUAUCUAAAAUGCGCGGAGACCGUAGCUGUAAUAAUUGCUAAAAAACUAAUCAACCACUGU